CACGCUGUCCGCGUGGGCAACGGUGGAGCGCGGCAAGCUCAGAGUUUCUAUAAAAAACCUUCUAAAGUCUCGCUCUUCCUUUCAACUACAAUUCCAUUUCUAGCACUUUCGCUCUUACUCCUCCUCCUCCAUCCAUCCAUUCAGCUUCUGGGUUUCACAUUUCCCUCUGCAUCUGCAUUCCCUCCGUCACUUCCACUCGGGAAAUGGACGUUCGUCGUCGAUCGCUUCCCGCCUCCGGUGACAGCGUCAAAACCCAGAAGCUCAAUAAAAACGAUACCCUCACCGCCACACCCACUCACUCCCACGCCCCAUCGCAAACGCUACUCCCUCUCUACCUUACCAACGCCCUUUUCUUCGCUUUAUUCUUUUCCGUCGCAUACUUCCUCCUCCACCGCUGGCGCGACAAGAUCCGCACCUCCACUCCCCUCCAUGCAGUCACUCCCUCCGAAACAGCCGCCAUAGUCUCCCUCGUCGCCUCUGCUGUCUACCUCCUCGGCUUCUUCGGCUUCGCCUCCCGUGCCUCCCUCGACGAGCUCUCUGAUGAGGAGACUAUCCUCCGCGAAGACUCUCGCACCCCUGGCCCCUGCCCCGCCGCGCUCCUUGACUCCCCUGCCUCCAAGAAAAAACACAAUCAAAUCCCUCUCCCACGCUCCAAAUCUGUCGACAAAUCGGUGGAGUUAUCAAAUCCUCCACCUCUAAAACCUUCUAACGAGGCAGCACGAGCACCAUCACCGAUUUCGUUGUCUCCCGAGGACGACGAGGUCGUUGAGGCCGUGGUUUCGGGGUCGGUUCCGUCCUACGCCUUGGAGUCGCGUCUUGGGGAUUGCGGUCGGGCAGCUACGAUCCGGCGUGCGGCGGUGCAGAGGCUGACGGGUCGGUCGCUGGAGGGUUUACCCGUGCAGGGGUUCGACUACGAUUCGAUAUUGGGGCAGUGCUGCGAGAUGCCGAUAGGGUUCGUGCAGAUUCCCGUUGGAGUGGCGGGGCCGUUGUUGUUGGAUGGGAAGGAAUACACUGUGCCUAUGGCCACCACUGAAGGAUGUCUGGUUGCCAGCACCAACAGAGGGUGCAAAGCUAUUUACGUCUCUGGUGGUGCUUCUUCCGUGCUUCUCAGGGAUGGCAUGACCAGAGCACCCGUUGUGAGGUUGCCCUCUGCUCAGCGCGCUGCGCAGUUGAAGUUCUUCUUGGAGGAUCCUCUCAACUACGAUUCCCUUGCUGUCGUUUUCAACAAGUCGAGCAGAUUUGCCAGGCUGCAGAGUAUUCAGUGUGCUAUUGCGGGCAAGAAUCUGUACAUGAGAUUCCGAUGCAGCACUGGUGAUGCCAUGGGAAUGAACAUGGUGUCUAAAGGUGUUCAAAAUGUCCUUGAUUUUCUUCAGACAGACUUCCCUGACAUGGAUGUUAUUGGAAUCUCUGGAAAUUUCUGUUCGGACAAGAAAGCAGCAGCUGUGAACUGGAUUGAAGGACGUGGGAAGUCGGUGGUGUGUGAGGCUAUAAUUAAGGAGGAGGUGGUGAAUAAGGUGUUGAAGACCAGCGUAGAGGCCCUAGUGGAGCUUAACAUGCUAAAAAACCUUACCGGUUCAGCCAUGGCUGGUGCUCUUGGUGGGUUCAAUGCCCAUGCCAGCAAUAUCGUGUCUGCUAUCUACAUUGCCACUGGUCAGGAUCCUGCCCAGAAUGUGGAGAGUUCCCACUGCAUCACCAUGAUGGAAGCUGUCAAUGGUGGCAAGGACCUUCACGUGUCUGUGACCAUGCCCUCGAUUGAGGUUGGUACUGUAGGAGGAGGCACACAACUCGCAUCUCAGUCUGCAUGUCUUAAUUUACUUGGUGUGAAGGGUGCAAGUACAGAAUCUCCCGGUGCAAAUUCUAGGCUACUGGCCACCAUUGUAGCCGGUUCAGUGUUGGCGGGGGAGCUAUCACUGAUGUCAGCAAUUGCAGCUGGACAACUUGUUAAGAGCCAUAUGAAAUACAACAGAUCUAACAGGGAUAUGUCUAAAAUUGUCCCAUAAGCUGUUCACAUUACAAUUCACUUGUCUUAAGAGACUAAUAAGCAAACCAUCACAUAAAGACAAAAGUGAUGGUUGGCAUCUUCCACCAGUGAAUCCAGCUCCCCAAAAGCGUCUAUGGUUGGCAUUCAUUGAAUAUUUGGUUGGUGCGACUCUUACGGAGAUUGUACAGAGGGAGUUGGAUUAGAGGUUGGAGGAAAACAAGAGCAUACUUUUGGGAUUAGAGUUGUAUUUGUUUUACAGAAAGAAAUCAUCUGUGUCGUGUGCUGUUAUUCUCUUGUUUAAAGCUAUCACUGCUUUAGAUGAUGAUGAUCAUACUUUAGUCUGCAGUUUUUCUAUGUCUUGUAAGAUCCAUAUGGUUAAUUUGUAAUUUUAGCAAGAGCACAGAUGAUCUCCAAAUGGGAUGUAGAGAUGUUUAUAGUAAUAGUCACUGGUUGUUCAAGGUUUAUUAUUGGUUCU